CCAUGAAGACCCUUGUCCUCCUCUCUGCCCUUGUCCUGCUGGCCUUCCAGGUCCAGGCUAAUCCUAUCCAAGAGACAGAUGAAGGGACUAAAACUGAGGAGCAACCAGGGGAAGAGGACCAGGAUGUAUCUGUCUCCUUUGAAGUCCCAGAAGUCUCUGCUCGUCGCAGUAAUGGAAAGGUGACUUGCCACUGUAGAGCUAAAUCCUGCAGAUGGGGAGAAAGAGUUAAUGGGACCUGCAAAAUAAAUAACUUACUGUUCAUAUCCUGCUGCCGCUGA